AUGAGUGUGUAUGUUAUUUCUGAUGGAGUGGUGAAUGAUAUUGAGAAGAUGCUAAAUUCUUUUUGGUGGGGAGGAGGUGGUGGGGGUAAUAGAGGUAUUCAUUGGUUGGCUUGGGAGAAGUUCGUGUGUCCGAAGAGAGAUGGAGGUAUGGGUUUUAGAGAUUUUAGAGCCUUUAACUUGGCUAUGGUAGCUAAACAGGGUUGGAAGUUGUUGUCUAAUCCCACCUCUUUAGUUUCCAGAUUCUUCAAAGCAAGGUACUUUCCUAAUUCCUCGUUUUUGGAUGCUAAGUUAGGCUCUAAUCCGAGAUUUUUGUGGAGAAGUCUCUGGAAGGCUAAGGAUGUUUUGUGUUUGGAUUGUAGGUGGAGCAUUAGGAAUGGUAGUAACAUCAAAUUCUUACAUGAACCUUGGCUCCGUGGCAGCAAGGAUUUGCGCAUUAUCGGCCUGUUUCCUCAAGGUGUGUAUCAUCUUUCGGUUCAAGAUAUUCUUUUACCCAAUAUUAAGAGUUGGAAAACUCAACUUGUUAAUUCAUUAUUUAAUCAGGUUGUUGCGAAAGAAAUCUUUAGUAUUCCCUUGAUAUAG